AUGUCUAAGGAACCACUAUUACCAUCCACAAACCAACAUUUAUCAAGAUCCCUUCCGAAUUCCAUAUCAUCUCAACAACAACAACAACAAGGUACCUCAUCAUCAUUAUCCAGAAAUGGAAGAAUAAACUCACGAUACAUAGUGAUACGAUUCUCAGAUGAAAGAAUAAAAGAUAUAGAAUUGAAUAUCACAAACGUUUCAUUAGAUGUAAUAAAUACUGCAUGGUUAAGACGAAUGUGUAGGGAAUUAAGACCCUCUGAAACAACUUCUCAUCGUUUGAAGUUCAUUAGAAAUGGUGUUCUUUUAAAUUUACAUACUAAUUUAAAAUUCCAACUAUCUCAGUAUUUCAACCAAGUGGAAUCUGAAGAAAGCGAUGAAAGAGAGAAUAAAAUUUAUGUGCAUUGUAUUGUUGGGACUGAUAUUUUGACCCCUGAAGAAUUGCAAGAUGAAGAUAAGAUGGAUGAAAUAGGUCAAAACCAAGAUGGGACGACUACUCAAGCCAUUGGGUUUGAUAGAUUGAGGGCCGUUGGGUUUAGUGAACAAGAAGUGGAAUUGUUAAGGCAACAAUUUAGGGCUACUUAUGGUGACUUACAGAAUGAGAAUGAUGAUUAUGAACAGAAUCAGCAUCCAAAUAAUGAACAGAAUAAUAAUAAUGAUAUAAGGCAAUUAGAAGAACAAUGGAUGGAAAGUGGGACAAAUGGUAAUAAUGGUAAUGUGUUUGAUACAAAUUCAGAUCGGUUUAACUCAAUUCCUAUUACCAAUUUUAAACAUAACAAAGAUUUAUUGAUUGGGAUUUUCAUUGGAUUUACAUUUGGUAUAUUUAGCUUUUUGUUAAUGAAAAUUGACGGAUUAUUCAAUAAAAGACAAAAAAUGUCAAUGUUUGCCGGCAUCAUGGUUAAUAUCAUAUUUUGUUUUGUCAAGGGAUUCUGA